UCCCCUCCCUCCCCUCCUCCAGACCCCCCUCGCCGCCCUCUCACACAAAAGCAGGGAAUUAGCCGACUUAGGGGAAAAGCAGCACAAAAUCCCCCGGAGGGGAGGGACGGAGGCGGCCGAGCGGCCAUGGCAGAGCACAAAUAACACAAAAACCGCAAAAAACCCGCCCUGGCAUCCAUCGCUGCCGCCGGGCAGAGCGCGGAGCCCGGGCAGAGGCGGCCGAUGCAUCCCGCCGCUCCUCCGUGCGCAUCCCCGGGCGGGGGCUGAGCCGCAGCCGUCGGGAGCCGGGAUGCCGGGCUGGCAUCGCCUUUGUUCCCCGCCGAGCAGCAGCAGCGCCUGAGCCCUUCCUGGAGGGAUCUGCUGGCUCCAGCCCCUCCCCGAGAGCCAUGGGGACCACGGAGGCCACGCUGCGGAUGGAGAACGUGGAUGUGAAGGAGGAGUGGCAGGACGAGGACUUCCCCAGGCCUCUCCCAGAGGAGACAGGGAUGGAGUCACUGGGGAGCCCCACAGAAGAUGAGACCACGUCCUCUCCCCCCAACACUUUGAACUUUAACGGGGCCCAUCGGAAGAGGAAGACUCUGGUUGCACCAGAAAUCAACAUUUCCCUGGACCAGAGCGAGGGCUCCAUCCUCUCCGACGACUUCCUGGACACACCAGACGACCUGGACAUCAACGUGGAUGACAUUGAAACUCCUGACGAGACCGAUUCCCUCGAAUUCCUGGGGAAUGGGAACGAACUGGAAUGGGAAGAUGACACCCCCGUGGCCACGGCCAAGAACAUGCCCGGGGACAGCGCAGACCUCUUCGGGGACGGGGGCACCGAGGAUGGCAGUGCCACCAACGGCCGGCUCUGGAGAACCGUCAUCAUCGGCGAGCAGGAGCACCGGAUCGACCUCCAGAUGAUCAAACCCUACAUGAGGGUGGUGACACACGGCGGUGAGGCCACAGCCCCUCUGUGCCUUUGUCCCACGCUGGAGGGGACGCCGAGCCUGGCUGGACCCUGUUUGGGGGGAAAAUAUUUGGGUUUUUGGGUGCCUUUGCGUGGCAGAGAAGCACAGAAGUGCUCAGGUGGUGCUAAAAAUGUUCAGCGAUUGUACGUGAUCAGCAGCCUGGAGCUGCUGGUGGCCGAGGAUUACAUGAUCGUGUACCUGAACGGGGCCACGCCCCGCAGGAGGAUGCCAGGCCUGGGCUGGCUGAAGAAAUGCUACCAGAUGAUUGACAGAAGGCUGAGGAAGAACCUCAAGGCCCUGAUCAUCAUGCACCCCUCGUGGUUCAUCCGGACCGUGCUGGCCAUCUCCAGACCCUUCAUCAGUGUGAAGUUCAUCAAUAAGAUCCAGUACGUGCACAGCCUGGAGGAGCUGGAGCAGCUGAUCCCCAUGGAGCACGUGCAGAUCCCAGACUGCGUCCUGCAAUAUGAAGAAGAGAGGAUCAAGGCCAGAAGAGAAAGGGCAGAGGAGAACAAAGACAUGGCUGAGAGGGAAAGCAGGCCUGUGCCCCCGGCAGAGGAUCAGGAGACCAGCAUGUCCUGAGCGGGAGCAGCACGGAGGAAUGGAGUAGGAGAAGGAGCAGCCUGGCACUCGCCCACCUCAACGACCUUUGGGGACAAAACCUCGCCACCACCUUCUUCCAAGUCCUGCAAAUCCUGGAGCCUCCUCUGCCUCCAAGUUGCAAAAUCCUUUAAAUUUUGGGAAUCACUUUUUUGUUGUUUUUUUAAAAGAAGAAGAAGAAGAACAAAAACCAAACAAACCCCCCCAAAAAAUCCCCAAGCAAGAACAGCACUUUGCAGGUUCUGGUGUGUUUAGGGACUGGUGUGUGGGGAGCAUUGCCACGGUGCAAAUACUCACUGUGUAUCCUCGGAGUAAGUCCAGAGCAUCCUCCAGCUCAUGAAUCUCCAGCCCAGAAAGAGAAUUUAUUUUUGGUUUGGGUGACAAACCCUUCCCUUGGCUCGCUGCUGGCCAGCGUGGAGAUCUUUGGCUUUGAGCUGCACCCCCAGCUCCUCCAGGACACCCCAAAA